CAAUCAUACCAACAUUCAGUGCUGAACAGUCAUCGUCUCAACCAUUAUUUUUCGUUGAAUGAAUUUGCGAACAAAAAGAAGACUUUCUUACAAAUCAUUUAACAGAAAAUUGAUAAAUUAAAAAUUAAAUUUCUACGUUCCAUCCCAAAUGGAAAUAGAAUCGAUGAAAAUUGUGUCCGAGUGCUCGAACUGAAUUGAAUCGAAACGGCGACGAAGAGAAAAAAAUGCAAAUUUAUUGACGUUAAAUUUUAUUCGGACGACCCGUCACGCGAGUGUAUAUUUUGUCUUUUGCCUUUUCGAUUUCCGCGAUAUAUUUUUACUUACAUAUUCGUCUCUUUUACCAUCGCUCCAUCACACAAUUGAAUUUUCUGUAAGAGAUUUUCCUUUGUGUCCAUAAACAAUUUUCGUACGAUUUGGAAUAGUGGAAAAGAGGAGAUCUGUACAUAAAAUCAAAGAAAAUCUAUAUUGCGAGCAAAAUGGUUUCGACACGACAAAUGACAAUUACGACGGGGCCAGGAGCUGUGGAAGAUCCGUUCAGUGAUUCAUCGGCUGGUACACUAGCGCGAAACGUUAGUGGUGCGACAUCUCGAUCAGCGAAUGGCGACGACAUUCCAAAACAAAGAAUAUAUUUGCUAGAUUUGCCGAUCGAAAUUUUGGAUAAAGUAUUUUCAUAUGUGGGCUACAAACAAUGCGCGCAAAUGAGAGGGGUGUCACAGCAGAUGAACCAAGUUUGUAAAGGAAUACUAAAUUCAACAUUUCAAAAACUACAAACUCAGCUGCAAAACCGAUUCCAGAAUGUUAAGAAGAUUAUGCCACGACGUGAAUCAGCUAGACGCUCACAUCCAUCGGCUGGUGAGUGUGACCUAGUCGAGACGUGUCACAUGCGUUUAUCGUUGCUUCAAAUGACUUUUGGCAAGCAUAUUGACCGAAAUCACAUCUGUUUCUUUCCUGGCAGCAUUUUGGAUGAAGUCUACAACAUAUUGAACUAUAUCCGUACCACACCGAAACUGGGGCGUCCAUACAUCAUAAUCGAGGAACUAUUUGACUUGUCCACAAUGGCAAUGGAAUAUUUCAAAGAGCAUCUGGAAUCAACGCUACCGGAAAUUGCAUAUUUCAAUAAAGAUUUUCUCGAUUUCGGAAAACCCAAUCCAAAUCUUAAUUCAAACUUCUUAUUUACACUACUAGAUUCGACAACGUCGACACGCAAGGUAAGUAGUAGUCAUUCCAGCUCGAUGCCAUCACCGCCACAAACAAAUAUGGUGCUGCGAAAGGGCAUUCGUAAGAUCAAGCAAGGAAUGAAAAGAUAUAACAACCAGUUAACUGUGUUGCGUAACGAUUUACGGUUUUGUAAGAAGAAAUCAACGGAACAAACAAAACAAUUAACGGAAAUGCAGAAACUUUUGGCUGAACAACAGAAACAGACUCACGAGUAUGCGGCACGAUUGGACGAAAGUGAAAAGAAAUACGAAGAGAUGUCUAUGAAAAUAUCAACCUUGUUACAGGAAGCAAACAAAUGCAAAACAGAAUUGCAAUAUUGGCGCUCAAAGAGUCCAGCUACAACUGUUAGUAAUUCGUUCGGCCAUUUAGUUGCCGUCACACCAGAAAAUCUACCGCCUAUCGUCGACGUCAAGGCCGAACACCUUAAUUUAAGCGCAGAAAUUGAUAAAGAAAAUCCAGUACAAAUAAACGAGAAUAUUGUCGAUCUCAAAAUACAAAAUGAAAACGAUACCAUCUUAGCCGCUGGACCGGCCACACUGACUCAGCACUCAACGGCGGAUGCAACGGCCGUAGACGGUAAAUUGAAUCACACCGAAUCGGAUAAACGUGCGACGGACGACGAAACGGUCGCUGGCGCAUCGUGUCCGAUGGGUUCGCCGAAAGUGGGUGAUAAGCGAAAAAUGGACGAUGAUUUGACGGUUGGUUCGGCAGUACGGUCAACUAAUUCGAAUAAUGGUAGCAGUGAUAUUAAAAAAGCACGAAGAGUACAAAGUAAGAUUAGAUGUCAAACAAAAAUCAGUAAUAACAAGACGCGAAGUAAGUAAGCCGGAACAGAGAGGUGAAAAAUACGGAAAGGUGAAUUUACGAAAUUGUGUGGAUAUGAAAACAAAUUCUUUUUUUUUAUGUGUGUGAGUUGAGAUAAUUAAUUAUGGUAACAAAAGAGAGAACUUUAUUUAAAACAAAAAGUAAAUUUUUAGUUUCAAAUUUUGUCUUUUUUUUCUUCUUUUUAUGUUCAGCGUUCAACGUUGUGCAACUGAAUGAAAAGAAAAUUUGAAUAAAUAAUUUAAACCGUCAAGCAAUGUAAAUAAUUAUUAAAAAAAAGUUAAUUUUUAGUUCUUCAAAUUAAUAAAAACAAAAAAAAUGUAAAAAAAAUAUUAAUUUUUUUAAGGAAAAAGCGGACGAACUGUUUACGUUCUCAUCACCAUAAAAAUCGGAAAAGAAAAAUUGAAUUCCGGUUCAUAAAAUAAGUCGGUUAAUUUGUAUAGUUCGAUUACAUUUUUACAAUUCGAGUGAUCUCAUCCAUUAAGUGAGCGAUAGACGAAGAGACAAAAUUCGAGAAUUUAUUUUUUGACUUUGGAAUUUCUGCUGAUGUGUCAUUUGUCAUUACAAAUUCGCUGCAGAACCAUUAAAAUUCUGAGGAAUAACUUAAAGUCGUAAAAACCAUUUAGAAUCAUUUUAGACAUGUUUUACACGUCUACUUGUCACAUGAUUUUUGUUGAUCCAAGAUCCGAGGUCAACAAUCACAUGGAAACGUGGGGCUUUAAACAGCGUAUCCCUAAUCCUUUCGAAUUUCGUGUAUAAAUUUGUGUACAUAGAAAUUUACACACGAAAUACGAAACAAAUUACAAACUUAGGGUUGGACAAUAUAAACACAGAGCCCCCGUCACAUUAAGAAAAAUCUGUAAAAAUUUACAAACACGGGAAAUUUUAGAAGCGUAGAAUCACAUGAGUAUUUCGAGCUAUUUAGAUUCUAUUCAUUGCUGACCUAAACGAGCCAUGUGGUUGAUUCUCAUGUUGAAUGAAUAAAAUCAAUUGCAUUGAUAACAAUGCUGAUGGAAUUUAUAAUUCCUUCCCUGUAAGAUUUCUUAUUCCAAAUGAUGAACCUAUGUUAUAGCUUGUAUUCAGAUAAUUAAACGCACCAACAAACCAAGCAAUCUAACGAAAACUCUCUAAGAUUCUCUUUGUGACCUUAUCUCUGAUCCUCUUACCUUGCCGAAAAUUCAGUUAAGAAACGGUGCUCCGUUAUGUCAAAAGAUUUGAAUUGAUAAUUUGGGAAGUAAAUUUCACUAAGUUACUCAAAUGAACAGAUACCGCGCGCACAAUAAAUCAACAAUCUAUGAAUUUACGAACCAAUUUUUAUCUAGCAAGGGACAUCUGAUAACUCGAAAACGUACCAUUUUGAAAACAAAAGUUUAGACGCUGACGAUGAUGAUAUUGACGAUAAUUUACUUCGAUGUAAUUGUCUUUGAAGAUAAAACCAAAUACCCACCGACUCAAUACAUCAACGGUACCUACAGUUAAAUCUGAAGCGAUGUAAUGAUGCUUUAAUUUUGAUUACAAGAGAUCAGCGAAAUUCAAGUCAACUAAAAUCGAUUCAAUUCAUCCAAAAUAAACUUGCUGGAGGUUGGAACAGUGAUCGGUACAUAAUUGUGCGGUUUUGAAACUUUUUUUGUGUUACUACAAACGAAUUGACUUUCAUUUCCGAAAUCAUUGGUAUCGACAAUUUGCAUACUGCCUCUAGUUCGUUUGCGAAUCCAUUAAAAUAAAAACUUUCCAGUUUCAUUUUUAUCGUAAACUUAAAGAAAGAAAUUAAAAGAAAAACAAAGAAAAAUCUAAACAAAAAUGAUUAAAUGUUGUUUGUAGUGAAUUUAUAACAAUUUUACUAUAAAAAAAGAAUCCCAAUUACUUCGUUGGUAGUUUUUAUUGAAUGUAAUCCAAGUUAUUUAAAAAAGAAAAUAAAAACGAAUCAAAUACUAGUAUUACUCAUAAAAAUCUACAAAAUGUAUUUAACAAUCAGUAGUUUUUAAACAAAAUAAAACAAAAUUACGGAAAGGUUUUCAUUUAUUUUUAAAUAUUAUUUUUUUGCGGUGUCAUUAUCAUUAAAAAAACUUUUUAGGAACAAAUUAACAAAAAUAAAACUUUAAAUCACUACAACAUUACAGCGAAAAUAGUAAAAGAAGAAAGAAAUGAAUAAAAUCACAAAAUAAAAACCAAAAUUAAAAAUAGAAAAUCAAAAAAA